AUGAGCUCGAAGUACCCACGGUCGGUGCGGGGCUGCCUGCCCCUCUGGACCCUAACGCUGGAGGGGGCCCUCAUUGUCGCCUUCUUCUUUUUCACCGAGUAUGACAUUUCCCCAAAUAAUCACAAGACCAUGGUGAUUCUUGGAGCCGUCCUGCAGGAUCUCACGGUGAUGGCAGCCCUGGGCCUGGGCUUCCUCCCCUCGGCCCUGUGGAGAUUCGGCUGGAGCAGCGUGGCCUUCGCCCUCCUCAUGCUGGCCCUCGGGGUGCAGUGGGCAGUCCUGCUGGAUGGCUUUCCGAAGCUGCUCUCCUCCGAGAAAGUGGUCAUCACGCUGCCCAGCAUUCAGAAGGCUACCAUGAGUGCCAUGUCCGUGCUGAUCUCAGCGGGUGCCAUCCUGGGGAAGACCAACCUCGUGCAGCUGGUGGUGAUGGUGCUGAUGGAGGUGGCAGCCUUUGUUGCCAUGAGGGUGAUCAGCCAUCUAUUCCUCUUUGAUGACCAUGUAAGCAUGAUGCACGUCCACGUGUUCGCUGCAUAUUUUGGACUGAUGGUGGCCAGGUGCCUCUCAAGACGUAUGCCCAAGGCGGCAGAGGAGAAAAACCGGAGGACAACGAGCCCCAGCCUGUUCGCCAUGCUGGGCACCCUCUUCUUGUGGAUGUUCUGGCCAAGUUUCAACUCUGCUCUGAUAUUCAUGCCACUGGAAAGGAAGACUGCCGUGUUCAACACCUACUAUGCUCUUGCAGUGAGCACAGUAACGGCCAUCUCUGUGUCGGCCUUGGUUCACCCUCAAGGGAAGAUCAACAUGAAUCACGUCCACAAUGCAGUGCUGGCCGGAGGCGUCGCUGUGGGUGCCUCAUGUCACAUUAUUGCUUCCCCUUGGAUUGCCAUGGUGCUGGGCCUCCUGGCUGGGCUGAUCGUUGGGGGAGCCAAAUGCCUGCAGGUGUGUUUUAACCACGUGCUGGGGAUCGAUGACACUUGUGGCGUGCACUACACCUUCGGCUUGCCGGGUCUGCUCGGAGGGAUUGCCUACAUCGGGCUGAUGACAUAUCAGGCAAUCUGGAGCAAGGAUCCCAUGGUCACGCACGUGGCGCUCCUCACCACUGGGGCACUCAGCUUGGCCGUGGCGAUGGGCCUAGCAUCUGGUCUCCUGACAGGUUUACUUUUACAACUCAAAAUAUGGAGAGCACCUCAUGCGGCUAAAUAUUUUGAUGAUCAAGCUUUCUGGGAGGUAAGUUUUUUUAACCUAUUAAUGUCAUAGAUUUUGAGUGAAUGAACUUAAAACGAUAUCAAGGCAUAUAUGUUCAUUUGGUGUUUAUGCGAGUAAAAUAAAAACAAAUGAAAAUGACGUAAGGAGCGUGGAAGGAGCAAAUCCAUGAUGUGCACGUGUGUGUGUGUGUGUGUGUGUGUCCGCGCGCGAGUGUGUAGGGUGGGGAGGUGGUAAAGGCUACCAUUUCCCUGAUGCCCGAAAGUCACUGAGGGCCAGGGAUAAAAGAACUGUCUUUGGCCACACUUCUCUCCACAUGGAGUCAUCAAAGUGGGCAAAGUUUGCUGUGAAGGUGAUAGAAUCCCGAAUGCAAGAGCCAGAAGGACCGCGGGGGCCAGCAAGUCUAAUCCCCUCACUUGGCAGAUGCUCAGAGGGGAGCCAGGACUGCCCGAGUUCUCACAGUGCUUGAGUGACAGAGCUGAAUCUAAAACAACUCUUGGUAAAUUACAGCUGGUGGACACAAGAAAACUUGUAGUAUAGAAGUCGGGGGUUAUUUAGCCGAGGGUCCUGGAGCUCACACAAGUCACUUGCUGAGAGUCUCUGUAACAUUGUCGCAUUCGUUGCCAUGACUAGGCUAGAGCCUGUCACCCACUGCCCUCCACCCUUUGACCUACACUCAUAGCUCACGAAGCACUCUGAUGUGUGUCGCCUUAGGUAAUCUUCCAAUCAAAGCUGAGGUUGGGCAAGCGGGGAUCAAUAUUGCCUGUUAUAAAUGGGAAGUUGGAGCCAAUAGAGGUCAGGCUAAUGCCCAGCAUCGUACUUUGUGAGUGGCAGAGACAAGCCCAGGACCAGGCCUUGAGAGUCCCAUGCCAAUCCUUUCUCCACCGCAUGCCGACGGACUCAUCACUGAAGGGAAGAGAACCAGCUUUACUAUGGGGCAUUUCUGUCUGUAGGGGCAAAACAGAGACCCUCUCCCUGUCUCUGUCCCUCUCCUCAGUCUCCUUCCUCUUCUUCAAACAGCUUUUAUAACUGGCAAUGAACCACACAUAUUUGAAGUCUACAAUUUGAUACAUUUAAAUAUAUUCAACACCUGUGAAAACCACCACCACAAUCAAAAUACCG